CUUUCUGGAAGGGGGUACUGAAGUAUCAGGAUUAGGAAACACUGCUCUAGUGUGAUCUGACGUAAUGCGUAAGCACGCACAUUGCGGACAAUUUUCAACCAAAAACUGGCCCAAAGGCAUUAAAGGCGCAAAAGAGGAUGUUUCCGCCGAGUGAGAAUCCAAAAACUGUUACUGAGUUGAGCGCAUGCGUAAAAACAGCCCCCUCCUUCACAGCUCAUUUCUAGGGAACGCCUUCCAAAACUCGUGCACGAGUAUUGGAACACUAGUGUUUGUUUACCACCGGCAUAUGCUGUGUCACGUCAGUGGAUUCAUUAUGUGAAAUGAUAUGAUAAUAAACACAUAAGACGUUACGUCUUACACCUCUCUGUUCCUUCAUUGCUCUUCAGCAUUGAAAUGUUUCUCCAAUAACAACUCUGGUUACAUUAUGUUCUUCUGACAAUUGUCCUCUUCUUAGCGACUUAAAAAAAGUCUUUCUCUGCGUCCUCCUUCGGGUUUUUUCUCUUCCAUGGUGCAAAUUCGAAGAGGAAAGCAGGAGCGACAAUGAAAACAAACCGAAAGUAAAGACAGAGUUUCAUGCAAUAUGCACAUGCGUUGCCUGUGUAAAGUUACUGGAGCGUGCACGUCUCUCACAAGGAUCGUAAUGGCAGUGAUUGACAAGCCAGAGGGCCAAUCGUUGAUGCGAUGACCGCAUCAGCGAUUGGCUGAUGUUUUUAAGGCCCUACUUUGUGCACAGAUAACGUAUGUUAAUAAUAUUACUGUCAGUGCACCUAAUAAAUAGUCUUUUAUCAGUUAGUAAAGACAGUUUCAAGUAAUAUUGCAAAAAUGUAUAAAGCAAACAUCCUCUAUUGCAUCUUUAAUUUGUAUCAUUCCACGUAAAACAAUCUUCGAACGGUCCUCUUAUUCCACACUUGUAAACAGUGGGGUGGUAGUUUUGCAUACGUCUUGCAUGACCUUUCAGCGUGCUUAUGUAUUACAUAAGGUCACACUGGCGAGUCACAGGGAUAGCGCAAGACCAGAAGUUGUGGUUUAAAAGUACAUAUUUUUUAUCUUACUGAAAUCUACAAUAAUUUUGAUAAAUAAUACCCUUAUGCCUUGUUUGAGAUACCGUUCAGGUCCAAUAAAGUCUAUUUAAUUGAGAAAAUUGUGGAAUGUUUUUCUUAAAAAUCUUAAUUUCAUCUUGACUGAAGAAAGACUUCAACAUUUUUGAUUACAUGAAGGUAAGUAAAUUACCAUUUUUUUUUUGUAAUAACAGUGUCAUAUUGGGCCAAACAAUCGGCACAUACACAUGGGCUACCCAACUUUAUAACUUUCCUUAGUUAAAUAUAAAUGCUUUUUAUUCAUGCACUUUCUGCAGUAUGUUGUGUUUGAGGUAUCAUGAUACAUUUGUUACUUCCUUCCAUCCCUUAGGGUGCAGCACGUCUUUGGACACCAUCAAAACCCCAGACAUGUCUGAUUUCAAAUCUGCAGCUGUGACUUAUCAAACCUCUGGAGAAAUUUCAGAAAACCAAGAGGUUGAAAUUGGUGAAGGUCUGGUGAUAAGCAUGGAAAAAUGGAAAAAAAUUCAAUUAAACAUGAAAGACAGCCUGUUUGUCAAGGAGUUGGCAGUCUGCAUUUGGGGGUCGAGCACAUUGGCCAACCGAAGCCUUGAGGGAAAAAGUUGCCCCACCACCAAAUCCACUCCUAGGCCCCCUUUAACACCCCACAAAUACAGAACACUUAAAAGUUGCUUUCAAAAGUGGCUGGAGGGUAAAAAUUUAGAUGAGGAAGAACUGAAGAACAGAGUGGGAAAGCUGGGGCGAUACGUCACUGAAAAAAUACAAGACAUCAACAAAAGGAAAAAAAAAGUUUAAAAUAGUGAAGACUGCAACAAUAAAUAAGUUAAAAAAUAUCUGUUACUGUAAUUUCUGUUAGCUUUACUAUACGGCAAGUUGUAGAUAUUGUAAUGUUAGUAUUAAUAUAUCUAUAUCUCUUUUUCUUUUAAAAAUGUAUCUUAUGUGUUACACACACACACACACACAUACAUACAUACAUACAUACAUACAUACAUAUAACAUACAUGUGUAACACAUACGAUUCAUUUUUAAAAGAAAAAAGAUAUAGACAAUAUUAAUACUAACAUUACAAUGUUAGUUAUGUUUAAAUAUAUAAUUUAUCAUUUCAUUUCCCUAUACAUCGUAUAAUUAAUAUAUUAAUUUAUAAAUAAAUACAUUUUUCUUGAAUGCAUGUGCAUGCUUCAUUGUUUUAUCAUAUGGUUUACUACUGAAAAUAACCAGCUUGCUAC